AUGACCCACACUCAGCCAUCUUGUGGAAAACGAAGAGAGAGAGAGAGAGAGCCCAGAGAGAGAGCCACACAAUUCGCAUACAAACCUUGUGCUGUCAGAACAAGCAGAGGUAAGACAGCCAAAGUUUAAUACACUAGCAAAGAAAAAUGACACGUUUGUGUAAAGGGCCAUGUCAGAGAGCCAUGUUGUGAAGACCUGGGAGGGGGGCUGGGACAGUUGUUAAACCACCAUGUUUACUUGGCCUUGCAGCAUCGCUCUACAGUGUCUCUGUCUGCCUGUCGGGGUCGUGUGAAAUGCGGGACGGCUGACCAGGAAAUGUUGUUGUGGCUGCUCGAAGGCCGCGUGUAAGCUAGUUAGCCAACCUGUUAGCUUGCUAGCCACAAGUACUGAGGAUAGGGGAUUAACUCGUGUCAGAGACUGUCUCAGCUGUCAUAAAUGAUACAUGACAGUACGUGUUUUAAAAGGAAAAAAGAUACAGGCGUGAAGUCAUUUGCAACUGUAUGUCCAAGCGUGACUGGCAGAGUUCAGUAACGUUUGUGUAAAACGUUGUUAGCAGGCUAGCUGUUAGCCAGGUGCUGCUAGCUAGCACGUUAGCACAACCAGCGCUGGUUCCUACUGAAAUAUAAAUCAGAAUGUACUCUUAACUAUCGACAACGUACACGUGUACCUCUACUGUCAAAUAUUGAUUACUAGGUAAAGUUUCGAAGCACCGAUAGCCUCUUGAUUUCUGUUAAAUAUACUCACGUUGAUUGUUUAUUUGAUUGAUCAGUUAAACUAACUAAUGUUGGUAAAAAACGAAAUGAGCCGUACAACUACUUGUAACAUCAGCCGGUCACACUUUUCGUUAAAACUUUAUUUAAAACAACUCUUCAGAUCGUUCUUGUGUUUUAGAGCCUUGUUUUCUUUACUUUUCUGUUGGACACAGAAAGAGGGGUCGCAAACAUGGAAGAGUUAUGAGUAGAAAACUUUACAAGGACAUUGUGUAAUAUUCAUUUUUGGACCCGCUUGAGUGACAUCAGACAGCACGAAAUGUGAAACGAUCAGACUAGAACAAGGAUGGUGUGAACAUAUUCAGUUUUAAUCUUGUCUGAGGUCCUUUUAAAGCAGUCACAAUUUAUGGUGAACUUAUUUCCGUCCUUCAGUUUCAACUUUGUGUAAACAGUAACUGAUGCACCAAACAUCACGAAGGGUUGUGUUGUACUGAUCAGAAUCUUAACUGAUUUUAUUGCAUGAGUUUUUUAAUAUUAUGUUAACAUAUAUGAGGAGUUUUGGGAGUUGUCUUGGCGCUUUUGAGUUAAAAGAUACAAUACAAAGUAACAACAGAGAUUAAAAUAGAAGUAUAACGUAAAAGCAAACAAGUAUCCGGCAUCUCUUGUAUUUAUUGCUGUCAACUUCAAACCUACACGUGGCUUUACCCUGCUCCCAUAUGGUCAGUGGUAUUGUGAGCUCACUGACGCCCUUUGUGCCCUUACCGGAGAGAGCGUUUUACAUACUAAAUCCUUUCUUUGACGCUCAUGUGCAAGAGGAAGUAAAUAGCGGGGACACUAUACAAACAGCAACCUUUAUUCAACUAAACAUGAUUAUUCAUGCUUAUUUGCUGAAGUAAAGCCCCAACCUCUGUUGUCAAUUACAGGUGUCCAACAUACCCAGCUUGAAGGCUGGGAGACUUCCUAAAAUAGCUGUAGCAGAUUGAAACAGUACACUGCUUGUGUGGUUGUGGGGUGGGCUAUAUAUCCUAAAGAGUUGGAAUUCAUUAAACCAGGUGUCAAAACAGCCAAGUUAUGCUAUUCAUGUCAAAUAUGUUCUGUAAAUAUAGUUAUAAAACAAGUUAUGUAUGGUUGUGUUAUUUAUUUAUCAUGAAUCUAUUUUUAAGUGUAUUGGGGUAAGAAAUAGCAUUAUUAAUCUGAGCAAUACUAAUACUUUUCCUCUCUUUUCAUACUGGAAGAACUUCAAGGAAGAAUGGCCGAAACCCAGACACUUAACUUUGGACCAGAAUGGUAAAUGACCUGAAAUGAAUCUAAGAUUAGAAUUAAGGAAGUACUUGUGAUGUAGGUUUUGAAACUGGUUUUCUGUUGUGGCCCAGUGCAUCUUUUUUACUACAUGCUGAGACAUGUCACCUGCCACUAGCUUCAGUUUGGCCCCUCCCUCUGUCCAUUCUGCUUUUACCACCCUCUCUCAUUCUCUCUCCAGGCUCCGUGCCCUGUCUGGAGGUGGUGGCGGCAGCAGUGGUGGUGGAAGCAGCUGUGCAGUUGCCUCUCCACCCCUCUCCCCUGCAUUGCCAAAGUAUAAACUUGCAGACUAUCGUUACGGGAGAGAAGAAAUGUUAGCACUUUAUGUAAAGGAUAACAAGGUUUGUUGGCCUGUAAUGUUUGCAUCCUAACUGCUAAUGUUCACCUGUGAAUAACUCUCAAUGAGGAAGACUUCAUUUGUAUUGUUUUUAGACUUCAUGCAUUCUUACGGUAGAUCUUGUUUUUGCGUCUUACUUUUGGCCAGAUCCCAACAGACCUACACGAUAAGGAGUUCCUGCCUAUAUUGCAAGAGGAGCCCUUGCCGCCUCUGGCACUUGUGUCUUUUACAGAGGAGGAACAGGUAGGACUUCCUGUCAUGAUAUCUGGUCUUAAUCUUGCUGUGAAGUUUGAGUAUCGAAUACUUCUGACAUGCCAACCAGAGCGAAGUUAAUUCCAUACCUUAACGCUUCAGGCCACUUGUCACGUUAGUGCUAUUUCUCUGAUUAAACUGUUUUUAUAUCAAUAAAUUUAGCCACUCAGGAAUUUGUUAGUUCAAAGAAAGAGCUAACUGUGUGUUUUUUUCCCCUCCCGUGUUUGUAUUUGCAGAGAAAUUUUUCCAUGUCUGUAAACAGUGCAGCUGUACUUCGGCUUACAGGGCGAGGAGGCGGUCCUAUAGUAGGGGCACCAAGAGGCCGAAGUACCUCAAGGGGUAGAGGUAAGCAAUUUAUCAGGGGUCAUUUGUCAUUGAGUCAUGUUUCAUCCUUAUUUCUUUUCUGCAAGAUAAAUCCAACAAAAAGGUCCAUUUUUAGCUGUUUAUCAACACAAAGUCGAAUUGUCUUGAAAGAAUAUCUCAAACGUGAUCAAGAUAAAGCUUGAAAGUUGUCAUAAGAUUUGAGCAGCAAGACCAAAUAUUGUUUCAGUCGUUUGACAAACACUUAAAGAAUAUGACAAAAUACAGCAGCCACCCACAUUUCCUCUGUAACAGGAUAAACUCUUUGAAAAGUGGUAUUGAUUGAAGAAUAGAAAACCAUGUUGUGGAAAAUCUCAAGUGACACAAACAAUCCUCAGCCGAUGUUUACCACCAUCGUGGUCAUUUGUCUUCAAAAGUUUAGAUAUCCUACCUGAGGCUUCGCUCAUGCAUGCAGCCAUAAGCAUGAAGGCCUCUUUUGGUUAUAUUGUCUGUGUCAUUUAAACCUGUGAUCUCAUUCAGGCCGGGGUAGAGGAGAUGGAGGGUUUUACCAAAGAAGUUUUGAUGAUGUGGAAGGUUUUGGUCGUGGAGGGAGGGAGAUGCAUCGCUCCCAAAGCUGGGAAGAAAGGUAUGAAAAUGUCUAAAAGAAGCUUUACUCAUGUUCAAAGUGAGCUAUUACUCAUCUUUUUGUUCCAUCUUUACAUAAUGUGUGUUUUUUUUUCCACUAGGGGAGACAGGAGGUUUGAAAAGCCAGGUCGAAAAGAACCAGGUUAGUGUUGAAUAAUGUUUCUCAAAUAAUCAACACAUGACCUACUCAUUGGCAAGUGCUUUGGCUUAUCUACCUGUUCCUCUCUGUGAACCUUCCAGAUGCUGCUCCAGGACAUUUUCAGAUGAAUCACAGUGAGUGGAUUUUAACACAAAUCCACAAAUUUGUUAAUUUAACAACUCAUUUAAAAGCUGUCCAGGUAUUUUUGCCAAUACUUGAUGUGACAAACAAGCUUUUAAAUCAGAUUAAUGAACAAUAUGAAGCAAGUUUGCUUCUCUGUCUUCAAUACCACUGCCCAUCAAAAAAUAGACAUUUAACCCCCAACCCUCACUCUUUGCAGUCCGAGGCAACUAUGAAGAUGUGGUGACGGGUCUACCGAGGAAGCACGACUUUAUACGUUCAGAGAGUGAGAACUGGCGUUCUUCCCGUGAUGAUCAGAAUGGUGAGGAUGAUGAGGGGGGCUGGCGCCUGGCAGGUUCUCGUCGGGACAGUGAUCGGUGGUGCCCCCCGAGCCCAGGUGGGCAGUGCACUGACAACAUUAGCUGCACAUCAAUCUCUUGAUAAUGAUUGUGUGUUGUUCAGUCUGGGUUUUUGGACCGCCUGUUUCAGAAUGAGAAGCAUUUGAAAAGCUAGAAAAUGUCAACUGUUGUGUGGCAUGUUGUCUUAUUAUAGCACACAGUUAAAUAGAAGUGUUACCAUAAAACCUAAUAAGCCAUAUACAGGAAGGUGAAUAUAACAGAGCUUUUAAACUACUCAUUUCACAUGCUACACAAAACAUGCCAUCUUCUGUUGAUGCAUCUCAUUUAGAUCACUAAGCCUGCUGCCUCUGUUAAUGAAAUGAAAUUGAUCAUCACAAAGCAGCGAAUUGAAAAACAGCUGUUCAAUUGUUUCUCACAGAUGGGCCUCGGUCAGCAGGGUGGCGGGAACACCCAGAUCAGCGCCGCCGUUUCCCAUUUGAUGCAAGAGAAGAUGAGCGGGGCUACAGGAGGCCACGGUCCGGCAGCGGCAGCCUGGAGGACGAGAGGGACAGCCUGCCAGAGUGGUGUCUAGAGGACGCAGAUGAAGAGGCGGGCACCUUCGACUCAUCUGGAGCUUUUCUUUCACUAAAGGUAAGACAAGACAAGCGAAGACUCUUUCUUUUCUUCUUUUUCUUGAUUUUUACAAAGAUUUUUGGAUUGUUAAAAUUUGUUUUAAUGCAUGUUACUGUAAAUGGAUACUUUGUUCAUUUAGAAAGCCUCCAAGGAGCCAAUCCUGGAGGAGGCAGAGCUUGACUUCAGACCAUUGGAAGAGUGUGAAGAGGGGCUUGAGGAAGAGGAGGACAGUCCACUCAAGGAGACCAAAGAAAUGGAAACAGAGGUGGAACGAAAAGGUCAGUCGUUAGUGUUUAAUAAAGGUGUUUUUUUUCUUUUACUGUUACUUGUUGUUGAAUCUGAGGCAAUUACAUAUAUUUUAUGGAGUCAAUUAUUGAUUAGGAUUGUCCUGAUCUCAACCUUUGGGAAUGCAGGUUCAUGGGUAACAGAGUGUGUGUCUGGGUUCACCUAACUGUAUAUAUACUUCACAGGAAAAUAACAAACUGGACAUUGCAACUACAGACACUGCUUCAACUUAAUGACACUUGUGCACAGCCAGACAGAUUACAGAUUACAAAUGUAACUCUCCAGGGACAUGUUUCAAAAGGCAAAAACAGAUACCAAAGGCAGGAUAGUCUGUUGCUGUAGAAUUAGCUACCUCCCUUGGCUAAAAUUUCAUUGGCGUGGAAAUAUUUUCAACUGGAAAGCCAUAACAGUUUAGUCCCCACUAAGAAUUCAUGAGUACAAUCCCAUCAUGAGGGGGCAGCGGUAGAGCUUCUUGCAAUACAGCCAAUAUGAUACCACAUCUAAAAACCAAAUAAACACCUGAAUAAGGCUGCUGUGCCCAAGUAUCAAACUGUGGACUUAAAAAAGUAAGGAUUAAAAUCCUCAGGGGAGAGAAAAAGCCAAAAACAAAAUAGAUGGUGGUUAAAUUCAUUGCUAUGGGCAACUAGCCUGUCAGAGGUUUUUUGCUAUUUUUUAGGUUUAUUGGAUUCACAGUUUGUCCCACCAUCUACGCUGCAUCUGAAAACACAUGGGAAAUAAAUCAACAGGCAACAAAUUACCUACAUGCCAUUCUGUGUGACAGUUGAAGACAUCUUUCAGUUCUUUGUUUACCUUUAUUUUCCUGAGAUAAAAGGUCUGAAACUUUUUUUUUUAUCUAGGCAUAUGGAGACUGGAUACCAGCAGACACUCAAUAUUUAAAACAUCCUAUCAGGAUGGAGGGCCUUUCCUUUGUCCUGGUUCUUGUAAUUUCUGGGUUGUAUUCAUAUUCUCAGACACAUUUCCUGUAAAUCUCUCUGAAUAAGAGUUUGAAUCCUUUUAAAAAUGUAUUUAUGAAGGCAGAAUAAAUAGGGGACAAGAUUACAGUCUUCUCAUUUUCCACUCUGACCCACUUGUUGAACAGUGUUAUGGUAGAUCUGAUCAAUAACUGCACAAGAAGGGUGAAAAAGUAGUGACUGAACCACCAACUGGAUCCAUCAAAAAACUCUGAUGGUUUUCUUCUUUGCAACUUUGUGGUUUAACCUUUAAGUUUAUCUAGAAAAAAAACACUACUGACUUUCUGGCAAAAGUUUUUUCUUUUGUUGGGAAUCACUUCAUAAUACUUGAGUAAAAUUCCUGUCAGUUUAAACUUAAAACACUUAAAACAUUGAAGAAAUAACGAAAAACAAAGUUCUGAUGAUGUAAGAAUACUUCAUAAGAUAGCCACAACUUUCAAGUUACAAUUAUUUGCUACUGUUUGCAAUCUGCAUGGAAACAAAACUCCUAUUUCACCAAAAUGAAAACAAGCCUUGGAUCUUGCAGCCGGAUAGCAUUCUCUUAUAUAUUACCUUUCUUUUUAUUUUUAGAGCUGCUUAGACUUUCAGAGGAGACCCCAGCUGUUGCUGCACCUGUCGCUCCCCAAGUCUCAGAACCUGCAGCUCCUGUGCAGUCUCUUCCCCCGAGCCAGCCGAGCCGAACAGAAGAGCCUGAGAGGCCGGCUGAACGGCAGCCGCCCCUGGAGCUCCCACCAGAGCCCUGCAAAGUCCCCUUGCACAUCCCCAUGUCGAACAGCAUGCUCGAAAGCCUACCCAUGACACACAUAUCUACCACACGCACAGGUGAGACUCGAGUCGACAUUUUCACUGGAAAUUCAAGCGCUGAGUCAGCUGUUUCCUGCCAAAAAAAAGCGCAUGUAUAAAUUCUCUUAUCUCUCUCUGUCCUGCGCAGAAGUUUCUGCUCCAUCGCCUACCGUCCAGCUACCACAGCAAAAGCCAAUGGAGGUCCCUGUGGCAAUAAACAAUCCUUUGCCCUUCCCUUCAAGUAUACUGGCACCGAUUGGCAGGCCCACAGCUGUGCCACACGACACAGACGAAGAUGAAGGGUUGAAACACUUUGAGCAGGUAAACUUUGAGUUAACUUUGAACAUUGAAACCCUUCACUGGAUGGGAAGGCACUCUACAACUAUUCCUCUCGCUGCAGGAGGCAGAGAAGAUGGUGGCGUACCUACAGGAUGGUGUGGCAGAUGAUGACAGACUAGCACUAAAGACCUCAGAGAAGCCCAAACCUUCAGGCCUGCCGCUUACCCAUGAGGCCGCUCUCAAGUGGUUCUACAAAGACCCCCAAGGGGAAAUACAGGGUAAGAUGGAAGGACGACUCACAUCCUGAGCAUUUGUUUCCAAAAACUCCGGUAUCCACCCUGAAUUUCCUUCACUGUCUCUGUGUGUCCUCCUCUCAGGUCCUUUCAGUAACCAGGAGAUGACCGAGUGGUUCCAGGCCGGUUACUUCACAAUGUCUCUCUUAGUCAAAAGAGGCUGUGACGAAGUCUUUCAAGCGCUCGGAGAGAUUAUGAAAAUAUGGGGAAGGGUACCUUUCACUCCAGGACCUGCUCCUCCACCUCUACAGGUGUGUGUGUGUGUGUGUUUGUAAAAGAGGCUUGUGUAUUUGUUCAUCUCCAAAGGUUUGCUCUGCUGUCAGCACGAGUUGCCAUAACCAUCCUUGACCUGUAGGUGGUGUGCCUGUCCGCUCUUUCACCAGUGAAGUGUCGUCAAAGGAAUCCUUCAUAUAGUGAUGGAAGGUUUCAUAAGCAUGUUGAAGUGUGAGCUGGAAUAAAGAAGAGGCUUUUUAGUGGUUGUUUCAGCCUCAGUUGUAUAUGAAGAAGUCUUUCUUUUCUUUAAAUGCAGUUGGUGCAAAAGCUAAGUGCUUGAAGAUUAAGAUGAAAGAGACGCUUUUUUGUUUUAGUCACCCUCAAGAUUUCAGCUCAUAAAUCAGCGUGCUCUCGCUCAACAUAAUGUCAUUGCAGUUGUCUUUUGCUUGUUACACAGUUGAGAUUUAUUGUGACUGUCUUGUGCGAUGCAGGGGGAUGGCGAUCAAGAGAGGUUGAAGAGGCAGCAAGAGCUCACCGCUCUCAAUCUUUAUCAGUUACAGCAGCUCCAGUAUCAAUACCUCUUAAGGUAUGUCAGCCAGAUCAGACACUGUUUUUCACUCGCAACUGCGGCGCAAUUUUCCCUGUGAUGUUUGAAAUGCAUCGGAAUGCAUCCACCUAAAAUAUAAGAUCUAAAUCUAAAAUAUUAGAUCCAUGCCUCAAGAUCCAAAUUAACCUGGUAAUUUUCAUCCUACAUGAUUUAUCCCCUGACUUCUUCUUAUUUGUGUUUUUACUUCAUUUGUCCUCCAUCCUUCAGGCAGCAGUAUGCUCAGGCUCUGGCCCAGCAGAAAGCUGCAGCUCUCAACUCGGCUCCUCUUCAACAGCAGCAGCAGCACCAACAGCAGAUAAACCUGCUUCUACAGCAAUACCAGGCUCUUAAGUUAAGGUCAAUAACAAACACAUUAAUGGAGACUCAUCCUACCACUGAAAACAUGCGCACCUGUGAUUUAGUGCUUAACAGGAUUUUGAAAAAGUCUUCUUCUCUGGUUUUUCUUCAGAGCGUCUGAGAGCCUCCUACCUCCUGUUACCCGCUCCCUGUCAGUACCAGAUUCUGGUUCUGUGUGGGAAAUGCAGAACCCGUCCUCUCAGGCCUCGUGUACACCCACCCUCCAACAAGCUGCCCCAAAUAGUGAGUUUCUCUCUUAAUAAUCGAUGGAGUUGUUUUCUUGUUGUAUCACACGAGCGCCUCAGAAAAAUUCUUACAUGUUUCAGAGAGAUUAACGCAUCAUAUAUCAAAAUGCUUAACAGCAUGGGACGGCAGCAGCGUUUGGGAUUUGCCUAUAGACUCCAUGGCCCAGGCUCCAACCAUCGAACAAAUGCAACAGUUUGAGAAGUCAAAGGCUGCAAAGGUAGAUCCUAGUGCUUCGAUUUUUCUGUCAUAGUGCCUCCAAAAGCCUCAAUUUUUUCAAAGAUGAUUAAAAGUGAAAUCCUACCAUAGUCAACUGAUUAAAAUAUCCAGGUUUUACAUACAAACACCUCAAGUGUCUUUUAAUGUGAUUGGUUUAAAGUUGGAGCUGGAGAGACGUGAGGCAGAAAUGAGAGCCAAAAGAGAGGAAGAGGAGAGGAAACGGCUGGAGGAGGCCCUGAGGGCUCGGCAAGAAGAGGAACGCAAACGCUUGGAAGAAGAGGAGCUGGCACGGCAAAAACAGGUGAGAUAUUCUUUUACUCUGUGAUUGUCACAUAUGGUUAGAUUAUAUAUAUAUAUUUUACCAGCAAAAAACAGUAUCUAAAUAGAUACUGUUUUUUGUUUGCCUCUUGCUUCUUUAUUUGAGAAACAUGUCUCUCACAUCCACCUUCCAAACGCCGCUGUCUGCUUGGUAUUUCAUAACACCUGUUUAACCACAAAGGCAUCACACUGAGGUUCCAACGAAACAGGCUGUUGAUGGCAUGAUAGAUGAUCGUUGAGUUCUUCACAUUGUGUCCUGGAGAAGUGUGUGUUACUUGAGGAUGUUUGUGCCAUUUGUUGCUAUUGUUAGCACCACAGCACAGGCUUAGUGAGGAGGUGUGAUCAAGUGAUGUUAUUCUUAUAGUCAAUGUACAUAAAUCUGUUUCUACAAAGCAUACAGACGCACUCAAAGCUUUUCAACUGCUGUAUCAUAGUGAGUCUUGAAACUAAUCAUAUGUUGUGAAUCUUUAGGAGGAGGCUUUAAGACGGCAGCGAGAACUAGAAGAAGCACAGCGCAGGCAAAAAGAGGAAGAGGAAAGACUGGCACAAGAAGAAGCUCUCCGAAGAUUAGAGGAGAGAAGGAGGGAAGAAGAGGAGAGAAAGAAACGGGAGGAGUUCCUUCGCAAACAGGUGAGUGACUAAAACCUCAUUCAACGCCCCCUUCCCACGAACUAAAGGUGUCUCUGGAUUAAGAUGUUUUGUACUUCACCAGGAGGAGGAGCGCCGGAAGCAGGAGGAACUCGAGGCGUUGAGGAGGCGUGAGGAGGAGAAGCGAGCAGAGGAGGAGGCAGCAGCCGCCGCGGCAGCAGCAGUUCUGGCCCAACAGCAGGAGGAGGAGCAAAAGAGGAGAGAGCAGGAGGCCCAAAGACAGCAGGAGCUGCAGAGACAGAGGCAGCAGCAACAAGAAGCCCUCAGGAGACUUCAGCAGCAACAGCAGCAGCAGCAGCUCGCACAGAUGAAAGUGAGGACACACAACGUGAGUCUGCAUAAAUAGACAAACUGUACUCAAAAGCUGACAAAACACCUGGUCCUUUCCUUUUUUCAGCUUCCAUCCUCCUCAAAGUGGGGCCAGCAGUCAGCCAGUGUCAUAAACCAGAAUCAGAACGCCCUGUCGCUGGCAGAGAUCCAGAAACUGGAAGAGGAGCGAGAACGACAGGCGAGGGAGGAGGUGAGGACAGGACACACUGGAGACACGUUUUUCAGAACUGCGUGGUUGUUUAUCACCUAUAAUGUUUUCGUGACUCUCCGUGUUUUUAGUUUGUCUUUUUUUUUCUAUCUUAGAUGUUUCCUGACCCAUGAGUAGUCACGGUUAACUAAACCCUGGAUUGUAUUUUUUUUUUUUCCUCUACAGCAGCGACGUCAGCAGCAGGAGCUCCUGAAGCUCCAGCAGCAGCAGGCCUUACAGCAGGCUCAGCAGCCCCAGGCGAAGCUCUCCGGUUGGGGUAGUGUGGCCAAACAGCCAGUUAUUACCAAAUCUUUGCUGGAGAUUCAAAGGGAAGAAGCCCAGCUGAUGAAGCAGCGGAAGGAUCAUCAGCAGCAGCAGCAGCCGCAGCCGCCACAGCAGCAGCACCCUGUCUCCCAACAGAUCCGCCCUCAAACCAGAACUGUACGUGGACCACAUUAGACUCUCUUUAAAGAUAACAAGGUUGUAAAGUAUGUGAGUUGAUACCAGAGUCAUUGUCAGACUUCUGCUGCGUUCGAGUUACCUCGGAAGUCAGAUGUCGGAGCUGAAAAUGACGUCACACCCGAGUUACCAGCGUUUCAGUUACCAAGUUGGAAAAAAGAGAAAUCGGAGACGGAAACAAGAUGGCUACAUCUACGAAAGUUAUUUUAGCACUUGCGUGGUCCUUGUUAGAUUUGGACAAGACAAGCGCUAAAAUAACUUUAAUAGAUGUAACCGUCUUGUUUCAGCCUCCAAUUCUGAUGUGUAGGGGGGUCUUGGUUUGGCUUAGUGUUUGGCCGUGGGUUUCAUCCCCCACUCUCUCCUACUCUACAACAAUUUGUUUAGUUUAUCAAUCAGCAGAAGUCGAAGAAAUAUGCUCGAAACACACUGACCUUCAGCCUGACAAACAGCUGCUGUGUAACACGCACUCUCUCUCCCUCUAAUCACAGACAUCUCUGAGUAACUCGGUGUGGGGCUCUGUGAACACCAGCAGCUGCACUAACUGGGGCUCGGACUCCAGCAGUAUCUGGGGCGACACCCACAACUCCAACAUGGGCUUCUGGGACGAGGCGGUAAAGGAGGCAGGGCAGCAGCAGCAGCAGCAGCCUCCUCCGUCUAGGAAGGGCAACACGCAAAAGAACAACAAAGGCAACGCCAACCUGAGGUAUGAACGGCUAAAAGCGUCUCUCAUAAGGCAAGAGAAAAAACACGAAUCCUGACCCGCCGUUCGUCUCCCUCCUGUGUUUGUUUCUCCAUGUAAAGUAAUUCGAUCAGUGGGCGAGCCAAUAAGAAGGUAGAAGAGGAGGAGAAGCUGCUAAAGUUGUUCCAAGGGGUCAGUAAGAGCCAGCAGGAUACCUUCAUGCAAUGGUGUGAGCAAACUCUGCACACCCUCAACACAGCCAACAACCUAGAUGGUGAGACUUUAAAAAUAAAGUUUUUUUUUGCAAAUGUAAGCCACCCACAAAUAUUGAUGGAGCGUUUCUGGAAACUCACAAAUACUCUCCAUCUGUCCUCCUUACAGUUCCAACAUUUGCAUCCUUCUUGAAAGAAGUGGACUCUCCGUACGAGGUGCACGACUACGUCAGGGCCUAUCUGGGGGACACUCCUGAGGCCAAGGACUUUGCCAAGCAGUUCCUGGAACGUCGUGCCAAACAGAACGCAAAUCAGCAGAAAGCAGCUCCGCAGAACCAACAACAAGCCCUCAAACAGCAGCAGGUGAGUACCACCGUUGUUGUAUCUACACUUCUUUGGAGUUCCCUCUGAGUCAGGUCCAGAGUCAAUCAUUCUUCUGCCCAUCGCUUGUGUGUUCAUGGGGAAGAAGUUCAAAUCCGUCCAGUAGAGUAUGGUGCCAUCAAAAGUUUUACUCGUGGCAUCUUUUUACACUUUUCAAGCCAAAUUUAUAAUUCUGGGAGGAUUGGCAGAGAAACACAUUUCUAGCAGUUUUUGAAUCCCUGUUCCUCUCUUGAUCUCCCAGGACUCUGUAUGGGGUGGAACGGGAUCAUCAUCGCUUUACCAGUCCAACCAUACGAGUGGCCAGCAGCAGCGCUUCGAGACCGUCACCUCAGGGAAGAAGAAAAAGAAGCAAAAGAUGGUCCGCGCAGACCCCAGCCUUCUAGGUAAAGAGAGAAAGUCCCAUAAGCUCAAAAUCUAAACCUGUCGCAGGUCUCUUCGUCCACUAAUCACAUCUUUUUAUUUUCAUCUCCAGGUUUUUCUGUGAAUGCAUCUUCUGAGAGAUUGAAUAUGGGAGAGAUUGAGACUUUGGAGGACUUUUAA